AGCCUCCAAUAUUUUCUCUCUCCCGUCCCAUCUAUCCUCGAUUACUUCUCUCUUCUUCUUCUUCAUUGCUAUCAUCUAUCGUCCUCACUACGUACGUACCCAUUCUUCAUUCAUUCCCCGCCCAUCUCCCCUAUUCCAAUGGGGAACUGUUGCGCUCAGGGCGAUUCCUCCGGUGAUCCUCAGAGCGCAACAAAUGGGGGCUCGAAAAAGAAUAAUAAUAAUAAUAAUGGGUGCAGCGAUGGGUCAUCCGCAGCAACCACGCCGCCCAAGACGGCCACCCCGCCCUCCACCUCGUCAGGCUCAGGUGGGAAGAUAGGGCAGGUGUUGGGUCGGCCCAUGGAGGACGUUCGGACGACCUACAGCAUCGGGAAGGAGCUGGGGAGGGGGCAGUUCGGGGUGACCCACCUUUGCACUCACAAGAAAUCGGGCGAACAGUUUGCGUGCAAGACCAUCGCGAAGCGGAAACUGGUGAACAAGGAGGAUAUUGAGGACGUGCGGAGGGAGGUUCAGAUCAUGCACCACUUGUCGGGUCAGCAAAACAUCGUGGAGCUCAAGGGAGCCUACGAGGACAAGCACUCGGUGCAUUUGGUUCUGGAGCUGUGCGCCGGCGGAGAGCUCUUCGACCGCAUCAUCUCUAAGGGGCAUUACACCGAACGCGCCGCCGCAUCGCUGCUGAGAACCAUUGUGCAGACCGUCCACAGCUGCCAUUCCAUGGGCGUCAUCCACAGAGAUCUCAAGCCCGAGAACUUCCUACUCUUGAACAAGGAUGAGAAUUCUCCUCUCAAGGUUACGGAUUUCGGCCUCUCCGUCUUCUACAAGGAAGGAGAAGUAUUUAAAGACAUAGUAGGCAGUGCAUAUUACAUAGCACCAGAAGUCUUGAAAAGAAGUUAUGGACCUGAGGUUGACAUAUGGAGUAUUGGAGUAAUGUUAUAUAUUCUUCUUUGUGGAGUUCCCCCUUUUUGGGCAGAAUCAGAGAAUGGAAUCUUCAAUGCAAUAUUGCGUGGGCAUAUUGAUUUUACAAGUGAUCCAUGGCCUUCAAUUUCACCUGGUGCAAAGGACAUUGUUAGGAAGAUGUUGAAGUCAGACCCAAAGCAAAGGUUGACAGCUUUUGAAGUCUUGAAUCAUCCAUGGAUCAAGGAGGAUGGAGAAGCACCAGAUACACCACUAGACAAUGUUGUCUUGGAUAGAAUCAAACAGUUCAGAGCCAUGAACAAGUUCAAGCAAGUUGCUCUUCGGGUGAUAGCAGGGUGCUUGUCAGAAGAAGAAAUAAUGGGAUUGAAGGAAAUGUUCAAAUCCAUGGAUACAGAUGGGAAUGGCACUAUUACCCUUGAGGAGCUAAAGCAAGGCUUAGCUAAGCAAGGGACAAAGCUUUCAGAAUAUGAAGUUAAACAGUUAAUGGAAGCUGCUGAUGCUGAUGGAAAUGGACUGAUAGACUAUGAAGAGUUUAUUACAGCAACAAUGCACUUGAACAAACUGGACAGAGAAGAGCAUCUCUACAAGGCAUUCCAAUACUUUGACAAAGACAAUAGUGGAUUCAUUACAAGAGACGAAUUGGAGCAGGCUUUACGUGAUUUUGGUAUGAGUGACGAUAAUGAUAUAAAAGAAAUUAUUUCUGAUGUUGAUGCAGAUAAUGAUGGGCAUAUCAACUACGAUGAGUUUGCAGCGAUGAUGAGGAAAAGCGAUCCGGAUGUUGCCGCCAAUCCUAAGAAACGGAGAGAUGUGUUUGUUUCGGCAUGAUCGAGAUCGAGGGAAUAGAAUAGCUUCCCAGUUUUGCAUAUUAUAUAUAGUGGAGGGGAAAUCAAAUUAAAUUAAAUGUAUUAGCCCUUUUUGACGUACAUUUUGAAGUAUAGGAUAUAUAUAUGUAUAUAUGCUCAUGAAUAUUUUAACUGUAAAAAGGCUAAUCGUUUUGUUUUCACGACACCUA